AUGUUGCCGGCGCUUACUACCAAGCCGAAGCAAGCUGUGCGUCAGCUUCAUGGCUUAUCAAAUGAUUCGAUCGACUCGUAUGUUAAUAUGCCACUUAGUGGAGGCUCGAGCACUGAAAGCCGGAUGGGAGUGACAUAUGUGGAUAAUACUGAGUCAGGCAGGGGGACAGUGCGUGCGUCAGCACUAGCAUCAGAUAGACUUAGUAUGAAUUUGAAAAGUGCGAAUGGUGAGGAUACAAUUACCAUGGCUCGUGUGUUGCGAGAUCGGAAAGCUUUUGGAGAUGAAGAACUGUCUUUGCGUACAGGAGAAAUUGUCAAGGUACUUUCAACCAAGCGUACAGGAUACUUGAAAUGCGAAGCAGAAGGGAAUUCGGGUUACAUACCGUCAUCGUACUUGGAAUUUCUAGAAGUCGAUAAUGGUCUUUCCGGCAGUAGCGGCACAAAUGAAGAAGCUCAGCGAGCAGUUGAAGCGCAACGCAAAAGGCAUCAGCAUAAAGAGAAGCGCCGGAAGGAGAAGCAAGAGGCAAAAGAUGCAGAAAUAGCAUUAGCGACUGCACGAUCAACGAAUAAAGAAGCUUCUAACGAUGACAAUGAAUUUUACGAGACUCCACGCAAGCGAAAUAAAAAGGAACGAAAGACUCGAGAAUAUGAAGCAAGCGAUAAUUCUCAUCGAGACAAGGCCGAGAUGGGGCACUUAAGUACCCGGUCUCGAGGUGCGCCGACAGAUACGGAACGAAUACAUGGUAGAAGCAAGCACUCGAAGAAAAAACGGCAUCAUGACAUUGAUAGCAGUGAGUCAAGUGAUUACGAUGGUAAACGUUGUGGUCGACAUGGCCGCUGUCGUUGCCAUCAUCGAUUUGAGGCUAGUGAUAGCGAGUCCGAAUCAACAUCCGAUCACAAACGUUCUUCAAGACGUAGCAAAACUCGGCGUGAUAAAGGCGACGCUGUGGUGGAACCUGUGGAAGAGGCUCUUUCAUCUCGAAAGGCUGAAAAGAAGAAGCUGGCAGCAGCUUUACAACAAGCUGAAAAAGGAGUUGGUCAGCUUGAAAUUGAGGCGAAGGAUAAAGCCAAAGAAACUGUUUUAACAAGUAAGAAUGAGGUUGACCGAGACAAAGGAAAGGAAAUGAAAUUGGAACAGAGUGAAAAGUCUGCGGCGACUGCAACAGCUUCGCAUCACAAGAACGACGAAGGUAGCAGGAUAUCAGGCUCUAUAUCUUCGAGCAAACAAGACAAAUCUGGUUUUGGCAGGCAAAUAGGAGAAAAAAUGCGAUCUCUUUUAGGUGGUGGAAAUAAAAAAUCUCACAAUAGCUCGAAAUCGAGUGGCAUUCUGAACGCCUGUCCAGGCACAGUACAAGGUGAAGAAGGUUGGUACGAGCACGGCGAGAACGAACGCUAUUAUUUUGUGCUUAUAGAUAGAAAAUGGAGUCUUUUGUAUGGGCCUAUGACAGAGGACGAAUUUGAGGACUAUUCGAACCGGGUAACGACUCAAAAGCGGUCCAUCGAGCUGCCCCCGACUUUCUUACACAAAUCAGGCUAUUUUCUUAACUGCGAGCUGCGGGUUCAGAAGAACUAA